GGCCGUAUUACAGAAGUAUAACUGCACGCGCGACUACCGGGACACUCAUAAUAACAGGUGUAUCACGGCAUCGCGGUCUAUUACUCAUCAGCGAGGCUCACCUGCGGCCGUCAGUCAUGAACCCUCCGCCCGGCAGAGACGAUGCGCGCACGCCAGAGCACUACAUGCCCCAGUCUUCAUCCUCCUCCCCAGGAGGAGAAAGAGAAAGAGGAGAAAGAGGAGGAGGAGGUCUGUAUCUAGACGCCUACGAGGUCUCCUUCCCCCUGGAGGAGAGCAUCGAGAGGCCCCCCACGUACCACCUGAACCAGGGCCAGCAGAUGAUGGACGCCCCCUCUAACCUGCGCGCUCACCCGCUCACCUGUCCUGACCCUGCCGCCUGGCUCCAAAGCGCGGAGGAGGGAGGGAGGGAGGCGCAACUUCGCUGCCAGCUGGACGCUCAUCAGCAGCAAUGGGGCCCGAGUUCUAUAAUCUGUGUUGUGGGAGGAGCCUGUGUCCCUCAUACGAUGAGUCGCCCUCUUUCCUCAGAGUGGUGUGGAGACCCCCAGCGUGGGGUAAAGGUCCAGGCGGCCAGCUCCCCCUCCCCCCCCUCCCCCAUGACCACCAGGUCUGGGAUGACCCUGAAGCGCCUGCAGGGAUCAGGACCCCGGACCCGCCGCAGCACCUCCACCUCCGUGAAGCAGGAGUUCCAUCUGGAGGAGGGUAAAUACUACACCGAGGACGAGUACCUGGAGGAAGAGGAGGAGGAGGAAGAGGAGGAGGAAGACGAGGACUCCUCGGUGGAGAAGGGCACGAAGAAGAAGGGCCGGGGACGAGCCAAUGGGGAGCCCAGGUUGAAGAUGAGGAGGAUCUUCAGGAUCACCCACGGGAGGGAGAGGCAGAGAGUUAAAGACCCAGAGGGGGUGAUGAUCCGGUACAAUAAGAUCCUGGCGACCUACCAGCGGGUGAGGAGCAUGUCCCGAGCCUUCCAGAUCCACGGAGUGGACCGGAACACCAUGGCCUCCACCUCCCCCAUCGCGGAGCUGCUGCUCAUGGCCCCGGAGAAGGUGGCCGAGGUCGGGGAGUUCGAGGCCUCGAAGGAGAAGCUUCUGGAUUACGCCCGGCGGUGCUACAAGACCAUGGACGAGCAGACGCACGCCACGGUCCAGUCCAUGAAGAAGACUCACAAGCUGCUGCCCAUCUCCUACCGAUUCAGAAACUGAGGAGAGAAGAAGAACAAAAAACAACAAGAAAAGUUAAAACGAGAAGAUUAGACGCCAAAUAACAGAAUUUAUUUAUUUUGAAAAACCUGCUUUAUUUAUAUUUGUGAUUUUUCCUUUUUUUAUUUGUCGUGCAGCUGUAAAGUUUGCUUUUUAUUUAUUUCUGUAGCUCAGAUGUCGUGAAUAUUUUCAUAGAUUUUUUUGUUGCUUUUCCUCAGAAUUAACUGACGUUAUACUUUCAGGAGAAGACCCAGUUUAUUGAGAAGUAUAAAGCACGAGUUACAAAGUGCAGGCAUCAAAGCCUUCAGAGUAAAAGACUUGAAUUUGCUCUGAGAGUAUUUGUAGACCAAGAUUAUUGUUUACGACUGGCCUUCACCUUUUCGUUGUUUUCUUUCAUUUUCGAUGGAGCUUUUUUUGGUGUGUAUGAUUUUUAUUUUAUUAGAAUAUUUGAUGUUUGAAGAAAAAAAGAGUUGUUUGUUCGUACAUCUGGUGCCUUCGUCAUGCGUUUGAUUUUGAGUCGGCCAGAUGUUGCGCGCUGAUGUCGUAAUAUAUUGUGAAAUAAAGUAAAUUACUUAAAAUGUAACUUUGUUUUGUUUGUUUCUUUACAAUCGGGACACGAUG